ACUUUAAUUGGUGCGAACACUCCGAGCAGUCCCUUUCCAGAGGAAGGGAAUUUCCAGCCCUACUUUAGUCUCCCCAGGUGGAUGUUGCGUGGAUGCUGGCUUGUCAGGAGGGAGGAUCGCACUCGCUUUCCCACACAGGAGGUUUCGCGCUGGUUUUGUUUACAGGGAUACCUGUGAUCUCUCGUAUGUGGAAAGAACGCUAGCAGAAAGGUGAAAAAAUGGGUGUUAAAACAUUCACACAUAAUUCCCCUGCUCACAGUCAGGAGAUGCUGGGAAAGCUGAACAUGCUCCGCAACGAUGGACAUUUUUGUGAUAUCACCAUCCGCGUCCAGGACAAAAUUUUCAGGGCGCACAAGGUGGUUUUGGCAGCCUGCAGCGACUUUUUCCGUUCCAAACUGGUCGGCCAAGCAGAAGACGAGAGCAAGAGUGUAUUAGACCUACACCAUGUGACAGUGACUGGUUUUAUACCUCUUCUGGAAUACGCUUACACAGCAACACUAUCUAUUAAUACAGAAAACAUUAUUGAUGUGUUGGCAGCAGCCAGCUACAUGCAGAUGUUCAGCGUUGCUAGCACGUGCUCAGAAUUCAUGAAGUCCAGCAUUUUGUGGAAUACGCCCAACAGCCAGCAGGAGAAGGUGCUGGAUGCGGGACAGGAGAACAACGCAAACUGCAAUUUUACUUCUCGAGACGGCAGCCUUUCUCCGGUUUCUUCUGAGUGCAGCGUGGUGGAAAGAACCAUUCCUGUUUGCCGGGAGUCGCGAAGGAAGCGCAAAAGCUACAUCGUUAUGUCUCCCGAGAGCCCCCUUAAGUGUAACACCCAAACCAGUUCCCCCCAAGUGCUGAAUCCUUCAACUUCUUACCCGGAGUCCAGAAAUCAGCCUGUGGACUCAUCCUUAGCUUUUCCUUGGACUUUUCCUUUUGGAAUUGAUCGAAGACUUCAGUCUGAGAAGGUGAAGCAGGUGGAGAACUCUAGGACUUUGGAAAUGCCUGGACCCUCUGAGUCCAACAGAAGAAUUGCAGAUUACGUGACUUGUGAGAGCACAAAAGCCAAUUCUCCCCUGGUGAUUGAAGAAGACGUGCGUGUCAAAGUGGAAAGGUUAAGCGAUGAGGAGGUUCACGAGGAAGUAUCACAGCCCGUUAGCGCAUCCCAGAGCUCUCUGAGCGAUCAGCAGACGGUCCCAGGCAGUGAGCAAGUGCAGGAAGAUCUCCUGAUCAGCCCACAGUCUUCCUCUAUAGGCUCAAUAGAUGAGGGGGUUACGGAGGGAUUACCCACACUCCAAAGCACCUCUGGCACUAACGCUCACGCAGAUGAUGAUGAUCGCAGCACAGAGAGACCCAGCCCAAAUGGUCCAGACAGACCUUUUCAGUGUCCAACCUGUGGGGUCCGGUUCACUCGCAUUCAGAACUUAAAACAACACAUGCUCAUCCACUCAGGCAUUAAACCAUUUCAGUGUGACCGUUGUGGGAAAAAGUUCACCCGAGCUUACUCGCUAAAGAUGCAUCGCCUGAAGCACGAAGGUAAACGCUGUUUCCGGUGCCAGAUAUGUAGUGCCACUUUCACUUCCUUCGGGGAAUAUAAACACCACAUGCGGGUUUCCCGGCAUAUUAUCCGCAAGCCUCGGAUUUACGAGUGCAAAACAUGUGGCGCCAUGUUCACCAACUCUGGAAAUUUAAUCGUUCACCUGAGGAGCUUGAACCAUGAAGCAUCAGAGCUAGCAAACUACUUCCAGAGCAGUGACUUCCUAGUACCGGACUACUUAAACCAGGAACAAGAAGAGACCCUCGGGCAGUAUGAGCUAGGGGAGCAUGGCUUUGAAAGCAACUCUUCUGUCCAAAUGCCUGUCAUUUCACAGGUGUCGUCAACUCAGAAUUGUGAAAGCACUUUCCCCUUGGGGUCUCUGGGUGGGUUGGCAGAGAAGGAAGAAGAUGUGCCAGAGCAGCCAAAGACUAACGCCACUGCUGAGGCAGCCGCAGGUGACGCUCCGAAACCGGAGCUGUCAUCUAUUACUAUUGAAUAAUUCAUGGUUUGGUUUCAUUUUUGUUCUUUGGAAAGUGCCUGUGUUUGGUCCUGUACAUUUUAAUUUAAUUUUUUUAAAAAGUGGGGAGAUUUUCCCUUUUUACUUUGUAAGCUACGCUUUAAACAGAAAACUGCAACAGAUGUUACAUUAUUUUUCAUGACUGAAUGCUCACUUCUGUGAAAAUAUUUAAGACUGAAUGCACAAAAAGAUCUUGUCAGAACAUCAUGGAAGCUGUGAUACACUUCUAAAGAAGAACAACUGAUUCAGAUCACUUUAACUAUUUCUUCUUCCACAGUUAGAGCAGCUCAUUAAGUUUCUCUUGCUUCUGCAGACCCUCUGGUUAAGGGAGAGAAAUCAGAGGAAACCUUUUUAAAAUGACAAACAAAAGGAUGCAUUGGAAAUCAUUAUUGAACAGUUUUGACUAGUUUUGAGUGGAUGCUUUAAUCUUCUGCAUAAAAAAAAAUGACACUUCCUAUCUCUGUGCCUGCUGUUUUUCAAAGCGCUUACUGUAACCCUUUUCUUGGAAAUGGUAAGCAUUUUUGAAACUAACAGCCACACGCUUUUUAAAAACACGUUGUCCCUUUUCAUCUCAGAUGAAUCACUUUUGACAAACCAAGUGAUGUCAUGCCAGGUAUUCCUACUUCUUAUAUUCCAGCCCUUUUAGAAACCGCUUGAUCAAAUAGUCUGGCCAGAUUUGCCCAUCUAAGGUUAGACGUGGAAAUAGUAUGGUCAGGAAAAGUCUAAUGGUACAAAAAGAAUGGAGGAUGUUAGAAAAGUAUAUAUCCGUGCAAGCCUGACAAACAUCUCAUGACUGUAUCUUUCUGUAGAAGGGGAACCACAUGUGAAAAUGCAGGUUUUCCCAAACUGAAAUUCUUAAAUCAUGGCCAGACUGCAGUUCUGGUCACUUCCCCCUAUCAUAUAUACUGUAUUUUUACUAAUCGUCAAAAGCUAGCUAGAGAGAGUUUACAGAUGGGAAAAAAUGAACUCUUUUAUGGAUUGUUGCACAUUUUUUUUAUUUAUACAUAUGCAUGUAUAGUUUCUGAGAUUUUUACUAGUCUGUUUUGGACAAAACAAGCAAUUUAUUCUCUUUAGAGGCCAACUUUCUAACCCAACAGGGGGUUGUUUACAAAAAGCCUAUAUAGCAAUGAUGAAUUGUUCCUGUUUCAAAACAUUUAAAAUCCUUGCCAACUCGGUUUAUUAAAGGCCAUUACUCCAGCUACACACACAGCUCAAGUAAGCAAUAAAUUGAAAGAUUUGCAAUUUCAUUUUUCCGUAUUUAGAAAAAGCUGCAAAUUUCGGGUGCGGGAUUUUCAGAGCAGUGAGUCCUGUUUUGUUGAGGCUGUUUGGGCUAUAGUACUGCUUUGAAACCUGAAUUAGGAAAUACAUUAGGAGGUUUGUGAUUUUUUUUUUUCUUAUUGCUUCUGAAGUUAACUAAGUGUUUGAUGCCAGAUGCCUGUCGCCUACUGAUGACAUGCUGAGCGAGUAGGUAUUACUUGAUCUUAGGAUUCCAAAGGCAUGAUAUACUCCCUUAGUUUUGAAUCUUGUUUUUUUUUUAAUUGUUGUUUGCUGUCUGGAUUUGUUUUACGCGAACACGAGGAGGAAAUGAAACCAAUAGACAGGUUGCUUCUGAAGAAACAGAAGACACAAAAGUUGUAUUUUACUGCAAGAUCAAUUUGCAUUCAGUUAGCUUAGGCAGCUCUGAUACUCCAUAGGCCUGAGUUGUUUCUACUAAUAGCCAAUUUUUCUAAGGAAAAAAGUUUCUUGCCCUUUGGAAAAAGCUUAAAGGGUUUCAGUGACUUUUAACAUUUUUUUCUCUGAUGUGUUUUAGGUAAAAAAACACACAUUUUAGUUAAAUAGAGCAAAACCAGUGGGAUUUAAGUCUUUUGCAGGUUACUGGAAUGAAGUUUCUCCACCAGAUCCAAAGGGUGUUUUAGAAACAUGCUGCAAAGAAGUUCUCUGCUACAAUUCAGUCUUGUAUGUCUACCUUUGUAAGUGGUCUUAAAAGGGCUUGAAGGAGAAAUUCUUUUUUUGGGAUGCUGUACUGUGAAUUAGUCCAGUGUCUGUUGAUGGGCUGAAUUUAAAGACCAGUUCUCUUCCACUUCUGAUUUCUGUAACUGAGAAGCCAGUGAGACAAAACAAUGCCUUUUGCUGAGUUUUAUCCUGAAUUAUAGGGCUAUGACACUGAACUCAAAUACGUCCUUUUCUUUCUUUCAGAUGAGUGUUACUCCACUUUCAAGGUAUAUGUGAAUCCUUGGGGAUUCAUGUAGUAAAAAGUACUUCAUGUAGAAACACAUUUCCAGACUGUACAGAUAAAGUAAUCAAAGGUGGUCAGGUAUAGAUGGACAUAAUCUUCUGUUAGACUCUGAUAAUUUUCACCCAUUAGAUAUUUUGCGAAACAGUUUAUUAGUAAGAAAAUAUGCAAAUACACAACAGACAUAUCUGGAUAUUAGAUUUUUAAGGCUUAAAAUUUUGUGUCAGAAGGCAAACUGCUUUCUGAAUACCAAAGAGAAGGGGGAAAAAAGUUAAAAAGACUUUGUAGCUCUAAUCUGUUCUUCCUUGAAAAGAAAAGAGUAUCAUUAACUGUUAACAGCUUGGUACAAGGCAAGUCAUGGGUUUCAUUGUUCAUUGCACUGUGUUACACGUUAUCUUUUGAAGCCUGUAAUCUCUGCAUAACAUCUUAAUUUAGUUCUCACUUUUCAGUCUGAUUCAACUGCAGGAACAAUAGUUCUUGGAGGAUUUUUUUGUUUGUUUGUUUUAGGGUUGGAUUUACUUGUUAAUUUUCCUGUUUGUAAUUGUUUCUUGUUAAUAUCUCUUUUCUCCAUAGAAGCGAACACAGAUUAAAUGCAAAUAUCGUUUUAUUUCUCUUCCCUAUCUUGUUGGAAGUGUUGAGUUCUUUGAAAUGCGGGUGUUCUUCACAGGAGAGAUGUAAAAACACAGGCAUCUUAAAACAAUCUCUGUUGCUAAUAUGCUUAGAUUCCAAAUUGAGAGACACAGAUAUCUAACUAAACUAGAAGAAACUUGCCUUAAACUACAUUUGGGAUUAAACCUAAAGCAUAAUUUUCUUUCAGUACAUUAUGAGAGGGUUUUGAACUCUGGGCUGCAUUUUUCUUUUUUUCUAUUUUUUUUUCCUACCCCCAACCAAAACAGUAUUUGGUAUGCAUUUAUAUUUCUGCUUGACAAGGAUCACAGAAUCACAGAACAGUUGAGAUUGGAAGGGACUCUGGAAGUGAUCUAGUUCAACUAGUGGAGCUAGAGGCUUAAAUCUAGUUCAACACCCCACCCCACCCCACCACACCCCCCCGCUCAAAGCAGAGUCAGCAAGAACAGGUUGCUCAGUCCAGUCGGAUUUCAAAUAUCUGCAAAGAUGGACACUCUCCAGCUUCUCUGGGAAACCUGUUCCAGUGCUUGACCACCCUCACCGUAAAAAAGAUUUUAUUAUGUUUAAGUGGGAUUUCUUGUAUUUCAGUUUGUGCUCACUGAGAAGGGCCUGGCACCAUCUUCUUUGCCCCCUUCUAUCCAGUAGUUUUACGUAUUGAUAAGAUCCCUCAAGCCUUCUCCAAGCAAAACAGUCUGAUGACUCUCAGCCUGUAUGGCAGAUGCUCUAGUCCCUUCAUCAUCUUUGUGGCCUUUACAAAUUGUUUAGAAUUUCUUCCAACUGGCUUACACGUAUGACCCAUUGCAGCAGUUCCUUUGUCGAUGAUUAGUCUCCAGAUUCAUUCACAAAGUGAUUUAUGUCUUGCUUUUGCAUGUCCUUCUCCCAUGUGGCACCAAUCUUUGCACUCAGUGGAAAAUCCUUUCCUCACCCAUCUAUGUUGCAAGCAGAGUGCCUUCACUACCACAGAACUAGCAAGGUUCUGCUGUAUGCCGGGGACCCCGAUUCUCAGAGUCUGUGCAGGGUCUUUACUCCUUGCAUAUUGUGUGUCAGUACGUCUGAUGGGAACAAUAGGAAAGGAAGGGAUAUGUUUUUUUCCUGAUUUAACACGGUGUUUUGGGAGAGGGGGGAAAAAAAUCAGCAGUUUUCUAUUUCCCCACAGAGAGCGGAAGAAAAAGAAGUGGUGUUUUAGCUGUGCAGGAGGUUUGGCCAAGUUGUAAGGGUUUGUUUUGUUUUUUGGUGCAGACACAUAGCACAACUCCCCUGGAGAUCCAUGGGGGAUGCCUACACAUUUAGCAAAUGAAGUUCCCCAUCAGAACUGCUUGUUGCUGUUCUUACACCACAUUAAAAGAAGAUGUGUGUUCCUGAUGAUUUGUCUGUCUCGCUACAGUUGGAGUUCAGUUGUCAGGCUCGCAGAUACUGUGGUCAAGUCUCUCAUACUGAGAGAUUAGUAGACUAGGUUAUUGAAAAUGGUUCUGGGUUCACAUGUAUCUUGAGUCUAAAAGGUGUGAAUUUAAACUUUUUAAAAAAGUAAUAGCUGCCAAUGCAGUAAAAUAUAUUUUGUAAGACUAUGAUCCCUAUAUGUCCCUUACGGGAUAAAAUUUUAUUGUUUUUAAGCUAUGGUUUAAAGUUUUUAUAUGAGGGCUUCAGUUGCUUCUUGGUUGCUGGCUUUCCCCUCCAGCCCCAGGAUGUAAGAGCACUGAGACUAUUGCCGGUCUCUCUCUGAGACAAACCAUGAAGCAUUUUAUAUGCAAAUAGAACGGGAGCUUUGUGCACCCUGCAGGGAUGGAGAAAAUGCAGAUGUAGGAGCACCUGUUGCUCCUACAUCCAUUGCAACUUCCACACCAUCAGAAUAUGGAAAAUAGCUAAUUUUCAUUCCAAUCGAUUAAGUUCGAGUUUUGCUUACAAGGUGAAACCCAGUUUUGGAGGGUUCUCAUCUCCAAGUAUGGACAUAAUAAAUUCCAUAGCAUCUUGAUGACAGAUAAGAGGGUUCAAGGCUGGAUGGUGCCUCAGCCACAUCAGAGGCCCCUAGCAAAUAGAGGUCGGCUCAAAGUAUUUGAGGAAAUGUACCAUAAAAAACAAAUGUGAAUUUUUUUUAAUGCAACAGUACUUACUGCUCUGGGUUUUUGUUAACUCAAUGUGUGCUAUCACAGUAAUUCAGUGUCCCACAGGUCUCAACUGCAAAUCUGGUUGCACU